GUCCAGGUAUCCUAACUGGGGACCCACCCCUGGGGGGAGGAUACAAAAGGUCAUUGAUUCCUCUUCCGGCAGCUUAUUUGAAGCCAAGAUGAGCGGCUCUCAGCUUGAGCAGGCCAUUACAGCCUUGAUCAAGCUGUUUCACACAUACUCGGGAAGCAAUGACACCAUCAAGAAGGAGCCCCUGCUGCAGCUGCUGAAGGAGAAUUUCCCCAACUUCCUCAGUGCCUGUGAGAAAAGAGGCAGAGAUUACUUGUCCAAUAUCUUUGAUAAAAAAGAUAAGAAUAAGGACCAUCAGAUUGACUUUUCUGAGUUCCUGUCCUUGCUGGCGGACAUAGCCACCGACUACCACAACCACAGCCACGGAGAAGAGCUCUGCUCUGGGGGAAAUCAGUGA